UUGCUAUUUUUGUGGGCGUGUGUACAUCGACGUUGUAGCAAGGGGCACUUCGCAGCUGUCUGCGAGCUAGGAAGAAUAAACCUCUUGGGAAAACGCUGAGAAAUCGUAAAUUUCUGUUUCUCCAUUACAUUUUCGUUUUGAGAACGGUUUUCGUAUCUCCAAGGAAUCAGCAUUCAGCGUGCACACAAAGGGCAAAGAAUUAAAAGGAAAGAAAGGUGUGGCUGUUUGGAGUGCAAAAGAAAUGAUCAAGUUCCAGUACGGAACGGGCACACUCCUUGCACGUACCUCGCAGACAGACAGCGGAGAUGAUACGGGGGACGAGGGCGCAGCACCGUCUUCCCGCUGAGAUCUUUACCGAACCUCUGAAUUUUUCGCUGCUUAAUACCACCAGUACACCAGUAGGAGGCAGAUGAUGUCACCAUGCAGGGGGGCGAGCUGCAGCACUCUGAAAUAAUCAAACUGAGGAAUGCUACAGCUUCACUGAGAGUCUCCAGCAUUUUAUCAGACACACUUCGCCUCAACUUUGUCAUGUGCCUCCAAUCCAGCAAUAUCAUUGGACAAGCAUUGAGACUGAAAGGGAAAUUGUUUUGCUGUGGUGGGAGUCACGGCGUGUGCACAACCUGACUGGCUGACCUGUCAGUGUCGGUCAUCAUGCAGGAGCCUCAUUUAACUGGCCCUAAUGCAGGAUCUUGGCUGAAGACUGCUAAGUGCUGUCUUGUCUGUGGGGUUGUUGCCCCUUCCCCCUGCACCCCCCCCCCCCCCCCCCCCCCCCCUCAGUGCUCCCAACCCAAAACUCUUGCUUCCAUCUGCGGCGCAGAAGUUCCUCCAUUGAGCUCCGAGGCGGAAGCCAAAACUGCUCCGUUCAUCGGAUUCGGCAGCCAUCCGGGCACUGACAGUGGGAGUGAUUCUACUGGGGGUCAUGCUGUGGGCCUGAGUGCUAUAGCUGGAGCUGAAAUGCGGUUGGUUUUGGGGUUGUGGCCCCUCCUGGCCCUGACCCUCACCCUCAUCGGCCUAUUACAGCUAACUGAUGCUGCCACGCCCUUCCCCCAGGAUCUGGAGCCAAUCAGCAUUGUGGGGAGUGAGUAUUCCUACCUAUAUCCUGGUUUCCAGGGCAAUAUGUCAGACAAUGACACGGCGAGGCUUGGUCUGGACUUCCAGAGGAUGCUGCGCAUCAACCACAUGCUGUACAUCGCCGCCAGGGAUCACGUCUUUGCUGUCAAUCUUAGCACUUCGGCUGAGCAAAUUGUACCUCAGCAGAAACUGACGUGGAAGACAAAGGAUGUGGAGAAGUGCACAGUGAGGGGCAAGAACAGCGAUGAGUGCUACAACUACAUCAAAGUACUCGUUCCCCGCAAUGAUGAAACACUGUUUGCAUGUGGAACCAAUGCAUUCAACCCCACCUGCCGCAACUACAAGAUGACCACACUGGAGCAGGAUGGUGAGGAGGUGCUUGGUCAGGCGCGGUGCCCUUUCGAGUCUCGCCAGACCAACGUGGGCCUGUUUGCCGGUGGUGAUUUUUAUUCAGCUACGAUGACUGAUUUCUUAGCGAGCGACGCCGUGAUCUACAGAAGUUUGGGCGAGAGCAGCCCGGUCUUACGUACGGUGAAGUACGACUCCAAGUGGCUACGAGAGCCCCACUUUCUACAUGCCAUUGAGUAUGGAAACUACGUGUAUUUCUUCUUCAGUGAGAUUGCUGUGGAGUACACUACUCUUGGCAAGGUGGUGUUCUCCAGAGUCGCUCGAGUGUGUAAGAAUGAUAACGGAGGUUCGCCGCGGGUUCUUGAGCGCUACUGGACGUCGUUUCUGAAGGCGCGGCUAAACUGCUCUGUGCCGGGCGAUUCGUUCUUCUACUUUGAUGUCCUGCAGUCCUUAACAAACAUCCUGCAGAUCAACCACAGACCUGCUGUGCUGGGGGUCUUCACCACACAGGCCAACAGCAUCACCGGCUCAGCUGUCUGCGCCUUCUACAUGGACGAUGUCGAGCGCGUGUUUAGUGGCAAGUUUAAAGAGCAGCGGACCAGCGAGUCAGCCUGGACCCCCGUGCCUGACGAGCAGGUGCCUAAGCCCAGACCAGGCUCCUGUGCUGGCGAUGGCUCUGCGGCUGCCUACAAGUCCUCCACCUCUUUCCCCGAUGAGACACUUACUUUCAUCAAGUCCUAUCCACUAAUGGAUGAGGCCGUGCCUUCAGUCAAUGACCGGCCAUGCUUUACACGCACCACCAGCAGAUUUAAGCUGACCCAAAUAGCUGUGGACACAGCCGCUGGACCCUAUAAGAACUACACAGUUCUGUUCCUGGGCUCAGAAAAUGGUCAUAUUCUGAAAGUCCUGGCCAGCAUACACCCCAACUCUACCUACAGCAGUCAGCUCCUGGAGGACAUUGAUGUGUACAACCCUACCAAGUGCAGUGUGCGUGGGGAAGACCGGAGGAUUCUGGGACUGGAACUGGAUAAAGACCAUCAUGCCCUGUUUGUGGCCUUCUCCAGCUGUGUGGUGCGGGUACCUCUGAGCCGCUGUGCUGACUAUGGAACAUGCAAGAAGAGCUGUCUGUCCUCGCGAGACCCCUACUGUAUCUGGCUGAGGAGUGGGAGUUGUGCCACUGUGCUGCCAGGACUAAAGUCGGGCUUUGAGCAGGACGUGGAAACUGGCUACCCACAGUACCCCGACAGCUGCCACGAUGUCUUGGCAACCACGCGAAAGCAGAACACGGCAGUGGAUUCGGCCUAUGGAAAGACCUCACCCACAAGUGCCAGCCCAACCAAUCAAGGGCCAGCUCAACCUAAAGGGCCAGGUGUCUCUGAGAAAGGUACCCACCCUGCAGAGGGGGAGCGGGGAGGGCGGGGUUCCCCUGACUCGGAGCCAAUCAGUGUGGAAAUGGAGGGCGUCCGCCGGCCCCCUGAAGUCGAGAAGUCCAACCACAGCGUUCACUACACCCUGCUAAUAGCAUGUGUCCUUGUGGCAUUUGUCUUGGGUGCCUUCCUCUCAGGCUUCCUCGUCUCCUGUUACUGCAACCACAAUGUCAACAAAACCAAGAGGCUGGCCAAGGACCCAGAGGCCCCCAUCCCACAUGCCCUCUCCCUGCGCAGCCUGGCCAAGCUCAAUGGCCUCCUGGAGAGCCAGGGCAAGGACGAGAAGUUGGACGUGUCUUCUCCAAAGCUCUACAAUGCCUUCUUCCCAAACAGCAAGGAUCACCCACCCCGCAGGAGCGCCCACCAUGGAGUUAUGUCUGAGCUGAUCCACCCCCACCACCACCACCACUCAUCGGAGCUUUCAGGCCUGCCUACACCUGACUCAACCCCAGAGCUACCGAUCAAGAGCAUGAAGGCCUUCAAGAACCAGUGGGAGAAGAACCAGAACUGCAACAAUGCUAAAGAGCCGAAGUGUCCCAACAUGGCCGGGUCCAGGCCCAGCUCGGCUGUCCACCAGCAAAUGUUCCCCUUCUCCCAUGGGUUGGCCAGCCGGCAGCCGCUAGGCGGCUCCAUGCACCUGGACGAGCGAAAGGUCCACAACACUGAGCGCAUGCCCGCCCCGCCGCCACACUGCUACCCGCACAAGAUCGUGGACGUGACCUCGCUGGACGAGCUCCUGAAGCACAUCCACGAGAUCAGCGUGGCACCCGGCAAGAGCCCUGCCGUCCUCACCUCCUCCGUGUCGGCCAGUGGGGGGCAGAUGGCCUUCGCCAAUCGCGUGCAGCCUCACAUACCAGAGACGGAGUCAGCGCCCUACUACAGCUCCUCCACGUUGCCGAGAGACAGCCUGACGCGGCGCAUGGACGUGCCUCCCGAGGUGCCCCCCCAGCACCAGUCCACGCUGGAGAGGGUGUCCCGCCACCCCUCACAGCGCCAGGCCCUCAUGGCCUCCGGGGGAGUGGUGUGCCGGGAGCCUAGCUUCGGCCGCCGUGCCCACCACGCCCCUCCGCUCCUCUCCCGCGUGAACUCGAGUGGCAGCAGCAGUGGAGGGGGCAGUGAUGUGCGUCACCAGCUCAUCCCCAGCAACUACCUGACACGUCAGCACAGCUACAGCGAGCAGCCCGAGGUUCACCGCGGAGCCAUGAUCCGCCGGGCCGCCUCGCUCAAGCCUGACGUGCCGCCCAAGCCACUGUUCAUCCCCGCCACAUCACCCGUCAACCAGGCAGGCAAGUUCAACUACUGACCUCCAGGCAGGCUGCACGCGUGCAUUCCCGAGCCUGCAAGCUGGGGCAGCCUGCGCUCGCUCACAGAGCGAGGCCGCUCUGAGGGCUAGCUUACUUCAGUCUGCCUUUGGAUGGCUUUCCACUAAAUGCUGAGCUGCCACUGACAAUUGGAUUCGAUUGUGGGGGUGUGCCAUACUGCAUUCGGUGGAAAUGGAAGCUGCCCUUUUAUAAUGGCUGCCAGUGUUGUCAACUUUAAAUUUGAACUUUUUCUGUUUUCCUUGUGUCUCAUGAAUAUAUUUGUACCAUAUUGGUAUUGCUGAGCUAUUUGCUUAUAGAAGGCGAGGAACUAGAAGAGAAAGGACAGUGCUCAUCUUGUUCUAGGCUGCCACUGUGUUAAAUGUGGCUUUUAAGUGUUCUCCUGAACUCUUAAUGGUAUCCCUAAUUCUGAGGCUGGGACCUGGACUAAGACAACAGCUGGACUUGAGCCUUAUAUGAUUGAGAUCUCUCUUGCUUUGGCUUAACUGUUCUGUUAAUGUGGAGUUGAUGAACUGUAUUGAUCCCAGUUCUAAACGUGUAUAUAUGCAUGUGUGUGUGUAUAUAUAUGUGUGUUCAUAUCUACACAGUAUAUGUAUACAUAUACAUACACGGUAUAUGUAUCUUGAUGAACAAAACGGAUGAUCUCCUCUGAAAGUAGCUCUUUGCCUUAUCUGGAAAGUAAAUCCAUUGUGGAAAUGCCCAUCCUUUUAUCCCUUAUGCUAAAAAUGAAAAUCUCUUGGUAAAACACGAGCAAUAACCUAUCCAGCAUUGUUACCAUUACUUUUUCAGCAGCACUGCCCACCGUUCAGUGUGAUGGAAAGCCUGUUGACCAAAGGCCUUUUCUAGGGAGAGGGCUAGAGUCAAACUGCGCGUACUGGUGUUCUUUAAGCGCUAUGGAUAUGGAUGUAU